CCGUUGAGUCCUUCUGGAGAUUUGUCCUAACCGUUAGGGCGUCAUUGUCAAAGUCGGAGAAUAAAUUGCUGUUUUGCCAUCCGUAGUUAUGCCAAGUGCUUCAUCGAAAACCACAAACAUGGCCAAUCAAGUCCCAAGCAUUGAGGGACAGGACCCUUUAAAAGUUGUAGUCUCUAUGAUGGAAAAGAAAGUGAGAAACCUGGAGAAGCGGAAGACUAAACUGGUUACCUAUACAAAGCAGGUUCAGAGUGGCCAGGAACUUGUUGAAAAGGAACAGGAGGAUGCAGUGAAAAAGCUUGAAUAUGUGGAAAAUAACCUUGAACUUGCCAAGGAGUUUCAAGGCAUUUUCAAAUCAAUGGAACAGGAGCAUCAGAAACUGCAAAAGAAAGAGCAAAAGAGGGCCAAAGUGGAAAUGAAGGAAAAGAACAACGAGGAAAGAAAAUCACUUGUUGUUCAGGUCCUGGAGGUGCAGGCGAUACUUGAAAAUCUUGAUGGUGAUGUCAAAGAAGAUUUUGUGAAUGGAACCAAGGGUGCAGUGAAACUUGCAGAGGAUGAAUUUGCAAAAUUGGAUGGAAUUUACAAGUUGAUUACACCGCUGCAAAACGAAGACACUGAAAAAAUGUCAGAACAAGUUUCAAAAUCAGCAGAACACCUCCAAUGUCUUUUAGAUGAAAAGGACAAACCUGUUCUGAAUUCAACUUAUAAGGAAAUUUAUGGUAUCGUUAAGAAGAUCAAAGAUUCAAAGUAUUUUGAGAAGGCCGAAGAGGAUGAAGCACCUACGCAAGAAGCUGAUUCACAGGAAGAACAAACAGGAGAACAGGCGGAAGCAUCAACUGUGGCUGCAGAAUCAGAAGUGGAAUCAGCACCAACGCUAGAACACACUGCAACUGGCCAAGUGGAAGUCAGGGGAUCAGAAGUUUACACUGAGGUGCCAUCAGACCAUGCAGAACAAACUAAAUCACAUGAAACAGAGGCUGCCCUCUUACAAGAAUCAUCGGUUGUGAAUGGAGUCGACCUGCCCUCAGAAUUCAGUGAAGCUGUGGCUGACUCGGCUCUUAACUUCAUGGGUGAAUCCGAAGUUCAAAGCCGUGUCCCAUCUGGCGAGGAAGGCAAAUUAAACGCGGCAAGUCCCGAAUUCAUCCCGCGAAGUUUGCAAGGAGUGCCCUCCCAGGACCCGAGCAUGAAUGCUCAAGAAGCUGGAAUGGAGGAUGCAGGGGAGUGGCCUGAUGCCCAACAUCAGCAUCAUGGCGGCAGAAGAGGAGGCCCGCGCGGAAGAGACAGGGGUGGUUUCAGAGGUGGAAGAGAUAGCCGUGGAGGUAGAGGAAGAGGUGGUUUUGGGCAGAAUGGAUCAAACUAUUAUCGUCAGGAUAGGCCAGAACACCGCCGUGAUGGUGGGCGUGGUGCACCGCGCGGAGGAAACCUGAGAGGCAACCGAGGAGGACCAAGAGGCUCUGGGCGCGGUGGUCCUUCUCGCGGAGGCUCAGCGCGCGGCCAUCACCAGCAACAACAGCAAUAAAAAUUGGACAAAUCCUGGAACCUCCCCAAAUCGGAUUGCGUUGUGUACAUACAGUUUCUAGUAGAGCAUGAUGCUUAACCACUGUUUAGUUUUCCUCUGGAACCCUUGGUAUCGAUGAAGCUUUGGCAAAACUUUCGUAAAUGGCAGGCGUUUGAUUCACUCGGAAGGUCGGUUCGUUUUACACCAUUCAGAUGCCGCGCUUACAAACGGCACGCUUCUGUGUUUAGACAGCAAAGCGUUUGUUGGUAUCCUUGCAUCACGCAGCAGCAACUCAUCCCCUCCCCUGUUAUAGGAAAUGAUAUUUAUGUGUCAAGGCGAAAUUGUAGGUAGUUAAAUAUUUGGCACAAAAUACAAUAGUUUAGAAGUAAAUGUAAGCGUAAUCGAUUGCUGGCCAAUUCAUAAUUGUAAGCAAGGCAGCUAACCAAACGCGUUAGAUGCUUGCACCUUUUUAAGAGCUGAUUGCCCCAAUUAUUUACCCCCGAUUAAUAGAUCUAGCGAUUGGCUGCCUGGUCGUUGAUAUUGUGCUCGGCAUUUGUUUGGUGUAAAACGUUGAAGGGUCGUUUGUUAUUGAGACAACUGUUUUUGAUAACAACCAUGUUUUGUGCAGUACCUUACGCGUCGAAGUGAAUUUAGUCAAUAUUAACUUUACUUAACAAAGGAAAGUACAAUGAUAAAUAAUUUGUUUUUCUCUUGUUUUCGUUCGCAUGAAUCUGAAUCAUUCUCUCCGA